UGUAGAGGGUGGUUGUGUCGCUUCCCGCUGCUUCCCGCCGCUCCCCGCUACCGAUAAUCUCCCCCUCUCUUCUCUCCUCUCCCCUUUUACAUCCCUUUGGGAGAUGUUUACGUGUCCUCCCCGCUUUGUAUCUCCCCUUCCCGAGGUCACGAUGCCCUUUGACCUGAGCUCGGGUAUAGAGUCUGUGUCGUGGUGAACCUUCCAGCCUCAGCUGACACCACGGGGUGAAAACCUUUCGAAGUAUAUACAUUUUUAUGUACAUUUCUGUGUAUAUCGCGAUAUAUUUCCUUGAAAUAUAUACACUGAGGGCAAAACCCUCUAAUGUGCAAUGAGAUUUUGAGUUGAGAACACAAAGAUUUAUAAAGAAAACGUAUAUUUAUACGGAAAACAUGUUAGAAAACUUAACAAGUUAGAAAACUUAACUUAGUGGGUAAAAUAUUUGUUCUCUUUUUUUUACGUGCCGAAGUUUACGAAAUUUAAUACCAAAGAAACAAGUGAGCAUUUUUAUCGCCUUUUUCAUCUUAUUCGUCGUCGUCGUCGUCGUCGUCGUUGUCGUUGUCUUGGAAACAGUCAUCUGGAGACGAGGAACGACGUGGAUUAAGACGACUGGAACACUUGUCCAAGACGACGAAUUAGGAGUCAAGACAGGUGGAGUGAAUGAGGCGUGAAGGUCAGGGAAGGUCGGUGGUUAUUCGAACUAGCGGCGAUGUGUGAGUCCAGCCAGCAGGAAUUGGAUUUACCUCGAGAGAGAUCAACUCCUUCGUCGGAAACCAGAUCACGCGAGAUCUAGACAAACGAUCUCGAGCGCUCGAGGUCGUACAUCUUCCACGGCUUGACUAGAUCUGAGGAAAAAUGAAGGACCCUAAGCUAGACAGGUACCAUUUGUUUUGGUUUGUUCCGGCGGCCAUCACCGCCAUACCCAGGGGAAGUUCUAGGCAUCCCCCACCUUCCCUGGUGGCGUUGAUAAUGGUGCCUCUGGCACUCCUCGCCCUCUUGGCUCCCAGGGUCGAGUCACAGAGUUCUACGAAAGUGUCGGAGACGUUGGGGUCUACCUUCCACCACAAGCGGGACCACUGGUACGGUGAAAUCAAAGACCAGCCGCAUCUGAAGAUUGAGUCCAGCGUGAGAACCAUCCCAAGUCAGACGUCGGGGUGGAGAAACGAUGUCAAAGGUUCCUUUGGAGGUUCUUACGUCAACUCCAAGUGGCAGGAGACAGUCAGGACUACCCAUAACUCCCUCCCCAAGACUGCCUCGGAACACGAAGCUGCGACUUCUGAAGAGGAAGACGAGGAGGAGGAGGAAGAAGAGGAUCUCACUGACCGGCAGAAGCGGACUGAAACGGAUCACUCGUCCACGAGCACCUGGGAAGGGAGCUUCCAUCUCACACUGAAGGAUGGAGGCUACGAGGGUCUGGUCGUGGACGUCAGCGACAAGGUCCCGCAGGACGACUGUCGCACCGUCAUAGAUGGAUUACAGGUGAGUCUAACCUCUUUCUUCAGGCGUUCUUCGAGACGGAUAAGGUCUCCCUGAAGGGCGGUCUUUGGGUCCGUGUCCCCGCAGCCCAGUCUUUGAAUGCAUUGAUUCCAGGCUCUUGAUGACAGGGGUUAAAGCUUCCCUCCUUUCCCCUGGAUCAAACCUCUUCUUAUUUAAAUAAUUAUUUUCAUCAGAGGGGAGCGAUAAACCCGUAGGGAUUUUACAGAGCCUCUGGGGAAGGGGGGGGGUGAAUGGAAGGCAUUCAGCCUCAGCC